AUGCCAUCCUGUUGGAACCAUGCUUUCGCUACAUUGAUUGCCCGCAAGCUGGUGGCUGACAUCAAUGCCAUCAUUGGUGCUUGUGCUCGCUCCGUGGCCAUGCAACGUGCCGUGGAUAUUGUAGCGGCUAUGCAAGCAGGAAGUGUGCAACCAACCCUAGUAACAUACAACACGUUGCUUCAUGCCUAUGAUCGCAUGCGUCUGACGAGCAAGGCGUUUGAGACCUUAGAGGCGAUGCAAGCGAACCGCAUCGAACCCGAUGUGCUAUCUUUCACUUCACUCGUUAGUGCGUGUGGCAGAACCCGAGAAGCAGAUCGGGCAAGAUGCGUUUUGUCAACAAUGCAAGCUUCGCGUGUGGAGCCGAACUUGUUUACUUACAGUGCCUUGAUGGCUGCGUAUGAAAGAUCUGGGGAAGUUGAUCUUGCUCGAAACGUGUUGGAAGACAUGAAGGAGGCGAUAUUGGAGCCCGAUGUUGUUUGUUACAAUUCUGCUGUACGUGCUUGUGCACGGUUGGGCCGACUUCAAGAUGCUUGUGACAUCGUCAAGGAAAUGUGCAUUCAGUCAGUGCAGCCCAACACUAUAACCUACAACUCGCUCUUUAGUGGAUAUGAAACAGGGGGGAGCGUUGAGGAAGCACUGCAAACCUUCGUUGCCAUGCGCCAGCAGCUGCUUCUGCCCAAUAUGAUCACCUACAGCACCCUGAUAAAUGCGUGCGAAAAGACAUCGCAUGCAGACAAGGCAUUGGCAUUGUUCGGAAAAUUGCAGGCAGAAGGUUGGGUGCCCAACCGUAUCGUUUAUACAGCCGUUGUCCGAGCACACGAAAAGAGGGGCCAACCGGCUAAAGCUUUGCAGUGCUAUAGGGACCUGCGGUUUCACAGCAUUCAGCCUGAUGUGGUCCUGUGUAAUGCUUUGCUGAGUGCUUGCAGCAACUGCGCAAAAUGGCAGCAGUCAUUGUGGUCAUACAAGCACAUGCGCCAAGAAACUAUUCAUCCGGACGGGUUUACGUUCAACACAUUGGUCAGCAUGUUUGGCAACAUGGGUGAUGUCGCUCGCGCUGAGACAUCUUGCAAGGAAAUGGAGAAAUCCGGAAUUCCGCUUGACACGAUGACAUACGAUUCUUUGUGUCGUAUGUUUGAACAAGUAGCCAGCCAUGUUCGUGUUGUCCAGCUGAUUGCAAGAACGGGCGCCAAUGGAUUAUGGCAUUUGUUGUCCCUGAAGAGGGAUGCGCGCAACAGUUCGCUGGCGCCACCAGCUUCGACGGUGUGA